AUGACAUUUAGAGAACACAGUGUGGGAUCUAGGGGUGCAUGUUCCUACCAGGGAUUCCGGAGGCGACUUAAGCAGGUUCCCGGGGUAGCGCUCCCGCCCUCACCUAUUGUGCCAGCGGAGGAACCGCACGAGUGCGGCAAGGAAGCUCAGCAGCAGUUUUGCUUAGGAGGCACGAGGCAGGAAGGUGGGCGCGCGGGCCCCGGGACAAGGCCGCCCUCGCGGCCGCAGCCCCUGCCCCACCGCUGGGUGGCGCGUGCGAGGCCCCCUCCCUGCCCUUCCCGACACCCCAAAGUAGCGCUGCAAGAAGCUGCAUCUCCUUCCCGGGGUUGGCGCGCCCAGCACCCUCCUGGUCUCAAGGAAGCAGGAAAUAGCUUGAGUCACAAUAAUACACAGGAGCUGCCGCGGAGGCCACUCGCGCCCUCCCGUUCCCGGACAGCCUCUCGCACUCCGGCUCCGGUGAGGCGCCGCCAGCGACGCGCGCGGGCAGCGCAGGGGACACCGGCCCAGCAGCUGGCGCCGCGUCGCCAAGCGCCUCGGAGAGCAGCCCUCGCCCUGCGCCUGGUUUCGCCGGCUGCAGCCGCCACCCUUCUCCAGAGUGCGGAGUACCACAUUAUUAUCAUCUCCCUGUGAGUGGGACUGGCACCCCGGCUGUAGCUCCAGGCAGAAGUACUCCACGAAGCACAGACCUGUGCUGGCAGACAGCACAGGUAUUUACCA